AUGACCGCAUUUGUGCUUCUGAAAGGUAAACCAUGUGUGAGUCCUGGAGAACUCCUCUAUGGCUCUGUCCUCAUGCCCAGGGGUAUCGUGUUUGAGUCAACAAUUACAUUUUCUUGUAAUGAAGGAUAUCGACUCAUUGGUGCAUCAUCUGCUACAUGUGUUAUCUCACACAACAAUAUUGUAACCUGGAAUAGGGACAUGCCUGUUUGUGAAUCUAUUCCUUGUAAGUCACCCCCAGGCAUCUCCAAUGGGGAAUUUUAUGGCAGCAGCACAGAUAACUUUUACUAUGGAAUGGUAGUGACUUAUCGGUGCAAUGUUGGACCGAAUGGGAAAAAGCUCUAUGACCUCGUGGGUGAGAAGUCAAUAUAUUGCACCAGCAAAGACAAUCAAGUUGGCAUCUGGAGCAGCCCUCCUCCUCAGUGUAUUGAGUUAGUCAAAUGCCCAUUUCCAGAAGUUGAAAAUGGAAUUAUGGAAUCUGGAUAUAGUCGUUCAUUUUCCUUAAAUGAUACUGUGAUGUUUAAGUGUAAGCCUGGCUUUACCAUGAAAGGCAGCAACAAGGCUUGGUGCCGACCAAACAAUAAAUGGGAUCCUCCACUGCCAAGUUGCUUCAAGGGGUGUCUACCACCUCCACAUAUCCACCAUGGUAAUUAUAACGAAAUGGAUAACGAAUUCUUUGCAAUAGGACAGAAAGUGUCCUACAGCUGUGAGCCUGGCUACACUCUCAUUGGAGCUAACCCUAUACAGUGUGCAUCCUUGGGAACCUGGAGCCAUACAGCCCCCAAUUGUGAAGUGAAAUCAUGUGAUGCCAUCCCAAACCAACUUCUCAAUGGCCAGGUGGUGGCUCCUCCUAAUCUCCAGCUUGGGGCAAAGGUUUCUUUUGUUUGUGAUGAGGGGUACCGUUUAAAUGGCAAAUCUUCUAGUCAGUGUGUCUCUGAAGGAAUGAGAGUACUCUGGAAUAAUAAGUUUCCUGUCUGUGAACGUGACAUACACUAUAUUUGGAGCUCUAAUCUACAUCUAAAUCUUUUUCUUGUCAUAAUCAAUAUUAACACAUAUAUCCUUUUCUAUUUUUCAGGGAUUUCUUGUGACCCUCCUCCUCCUAUCCAAAAUGGUCGGAAUAGUUAUAUUUCUGGCCCCAUACCUCUUAACACUUUGGUGAGGUACAGUUGUGCCUAUAACUACCGCAUCAUUGGAGAAAAGAAUCUUUUUUGUAUAAGUAAAGACCAAGUGAAAGGAAUCUGGGAUAAAGCUGCUCCUACAUGUGAAUAUCUCAACAGAAGAGCUACUUGCUCUGAGCCCAGAGUGGCAGGGGGACACAAAGAUAAAAUAUCUAGACCACCAUACAGACAUGGUGAUUCUGUGACCUUUACCUGUAAUGCCAACUUCACCAUGAAAGGAAACAAGACCGUUUGGUGCCAAGCAAAUAGCAGGUGGGGGCCAACACCACUACCAACCUGUGAGAGUGAUUUCCCCCUGGAGUGUCCACCACUUCCCAUGAUCCCCAAUGGACAUCACACAGCAGAGAAUGUUGGCCUCUUUGUCCCUGGACUGUCUGUGACUUACAGCUGUGAACCUGGCUACUUGCUUGUUGGAGGAAAGACCAUCCAUUGUUUGUCUUCAGGAGUCUGGAGUGCAGUCACCCCACAAUGUGAAGAGGCACAGUGUGACGCUCCAGGACCAUUGCUCAAUGGGCAGAUAAAGGGGCCUGCAAGUCGUCGGGUUGGCGUGACUGUGACCCUUUCCUGUAAUGAAGGAUAUCGAUUACGAGGCCAACCUUCUAGUCAGUGUGUAAUAGCUGGACAGAGAGCUUUAUGGACCAAGAUGCCAAUAUGUGAAGAAAUCCUUUGCCCACCACCUCCUCCUAUUCUCAAUGGAAGACAUACAGGCAACCCUUCAGUGAACUUCCCAUACGGAAGCACAGUCACUUACACUUGUGACCUAGGCCCAGAGAUAGGAGUGGACUUCAUCCUGAUUGGGAAUAGCACUCUCCGUUGUACCACUGAUAGUCAGAAGACUGGGGACUGGAGUGGUCCUGCCCCACGCUGUGAACUUUCUACUCCUGGAAUUCAUUGUCCACCUCCCCAGAUCCUAAGAGGCCAAAUAUCGUCUGGGCAGAAAGAUCAAUAUUCAUAUAAUGACACUGUGGCAUUUGCUUGCUGGUCUGGCUUCACCUUGAAAGGUAGCGAGAGAAUAAGGUGUAGUGCCCGAGGCACAUGGGAGCCACCUGCACCAGUCUGUGAAAAGGAUUGCCAAGCCCCUCCUAAAAUCCUCAAUGGGCAAAAGGAAGAUAGACACAGGAUCCGCUUUGAGCCUGGAGCAUCCAUAAAAUAUAGCUGUGACCCUGGUUAUGUGCUGGUGGGCGAAGAAUCCAUACAUUGUACCUCUGAGGGCGUGUGGACACCCACUCUCCCCAAAUGCAAAGUGGCAGAGUGUGAACCUAUAGGAAAGUUUCUCUAUAAAAAACCCCAGGAUCGAUUGAUUAGACCAGCUGUUAAAUCUUCUUGCGUUGAAGGGACCCGGUUAGGUGAGAGUGUUUAUCAGCUGUGUGAAGGCACCAUUCCUUGGUUUAUGGAGAUUCGUCUUUGUAUAGAAAUCACCUGCCCACCGCCCCCUGUUAUCUACAAUGGGACACACACACGGAGUUCCUCAGAAGACUUUCCAUAUGGAACCACAGUCACUUAUUCAUGUAACCCUGGGCCAGAGAAAGGCGUAGAAUUCAACCUCAUUGGGGAGAGCACCAUCCGUUGUACAACCAAUGAUCAGGAGAGGGGCAUCUGGAGUGGCCCUGCUCCUCUCUGCAAACUUUCCCUCCCUGCUGUUCAGUGCUCACGUGCCCACAUUGAAAAUGGAUACCAGAUAUCAGGCAAGGAAGCCCCAUAUGUCUACAACGACAGUGUGACAGUCAAGUGUGAUGAAGGAUUUACUUUGAAGGGCAGCAGUGAGAUUCGUUGCAAAGCCAAUAACACCUGGGAUCCUGAAUUACCCAUUUGUGAAAAAGACUGCCAGCCACCUUCCGGGCUGCACCACGGUCGGCAUACGGGUGGAAAUGGGGUCCUCUUUGUCUCUGGGAUGACUGUAGACUACACCUGUGACCCUGGCUACUCGCUUGUGGGAAACAAAUCCAUUCACUGUAUGCCUUCCGGAAACUGGAGUCCUUCUGCCCCUCGGUGUGAAGAAGCGCCAUGUCAGCCUGCGGGAGAAGAUGUUCAAGAGCUUCCAGCGGAUUCGCAUGUGGUUCUAGUGAAUAGAUCCUGUCCGGAUGGGUAUCAGCUGACUGGGCAUACUUAUCAGAAGUGUGAAGAUGCUGAGAAUGGGGUUUGGUUCCAAAGGAUUCCACUCUGUGAAGCUAUUCACUGCCCACCUCCACUGGUGAUUGACAACGGGAGGCACACAGGUGUGAUGGCAGAACAGUUUCUUUAUGGAAUGGAAAUCUCUUAUGAAUGUGACCACGGAUUCUCUCUUCUGGGAAAGAGAAACAUACGAUGCAUAAGUGAUUCUCAAGGACAUGGAUCUUGGAGUGGACCUCCCCCACGGUGCUUAAAACAGCCUCCUGUGGCCUACUGCCCUAACCCAGAAGUCAAACAUGGAUACACGCUGAAUAAAACCCGUUCAUCGUAUUCCCACAAUGACAUUGUAUAUGUUGCCUGCAACCAUGGUUUCAUCAUGAAUGGCAGUGACUUGAUUAGGUGCCAUAUCAAUAACAAAUGGGUGCCAGGUAUACCAACUUGUAUCAGAAAGGCCUUCGUAGGAUGUCAACCUCCAUUUAACAUGUCCAAUGGGAAUCAUACUGGUGGCGAGAUAGCUCGAUUUUCUCCUGGAAUGUCAGUCGUGUACAGCUGUGACGAAGGCUACCUGCUGGUGGGAGAGGCACUCCUCAUUUGCACACACGAGGGUACCUGGAGCCAACCUGCCCCUUUUUGUAAAGAGGUAAACUGUAGCUCCCCAGAGUAUAUGAAUGGAAUCCAGAAGGGGCUGGUGUCUGGGAAAAAGUAUAAGCAUGGAGCAGUUGUUAAUUUGGAGUGUGAAGAGGGAUAUACUCUGGAAGGCAGUCCCCAGAGCCAGUGCCUGGAGGAUCAUGGAUGGAACCCUCCCCUGGCUGUUUGCAAAUCACAAGGUUCACUCACUCCUCUUGUUGGUGGUCUUUCUGUAGGUUUGCUAUUUCUUCUCUUCUUGACUGCUGUCACCUUAUACCUGCUACCAAAACACAGAAAACGCAAUUAUUAUACAAAUAAAAGCCCUACAGAAGGAGAUCUUCACUUAGAAACACGAGAAGUAUAUUCUAUUGAUCCAUACAACCAAAUGGGAGCCCUUACUUGGAGGAGUCCGGAGCCUCUCUGGCCGCCAGCGCCCUCUCUCUCCUGCUCCGGAGGAGCCCUCCUGGCGGUGCUGAUGCUGCUCGCGCUGCCUGCAGCCUGGGGUCAAUGUCAAGCCCCACCACGUUUUCCAUCCGCCAUGCCUAUAGGACUGACUGAUGAGGUGGAGUAUCCCAUUGGAACAUCUUUGCAGUAUAAAUGCCGCCCUGGUUUCCAGAGGAGAGUUUUCUCUAUCACCUGCCUAAUAAACUCGGUCUGGUCAAGCCCUGAAAGCUGUACACGUAAAUCAUGUGAAACUCCUUCAGAACCCAUAAAUGGCAAAAUGGAAAUAACUGGAGAAGCCAAGUUUGGAUCCAUUAUUAAAUAUUCUUGUAAUGAAGGAUACCAACUCAUUGGUGAAACUUCUAAUUAUUGCAGCAUCGUAGGCAAUACUGUCGCCUGGGAAAAUCGAGUACCUGUUUGUCAGAGUAUUCAAUGUAAGCCACCACCAACCAUCGCCAACGGAGAUUUCUUUAGCAACAGCAGAGACUAUUUUCCGUACGGAAUAGUGGUGACCUAUCGCUGCAAUCCUGGGAUUGGAAGGGACAAGUUUGAACUGGUGGGCGAGAAGUCCAUAUAUUGCACCAGCAAAGGUCAAGUGGGCCUCUGGAGCGGCCCCGCCCCUCAGUGCAUCGUACCUAAUAAAUGCACGCCUCCGCACGUUGAGAAUGGAAUAAGGGAGUCUGAGAACAGAAGCUUGUUCUCCUUAAAUGAAAUCGUGAGCUUUAGGUGUCAGCCUGGCUUUGUCAUGAAAGGCCCCUCCAGUGUGCGCUGCCAGGCCCAAAACAGAUGGGAGCCCGAGUUGCCCAGCUGCUCCCCGGUUUGUCGGCGGCCUCCAGAAAUCCUGCAUGGCAAGCACACCCCCAGCCACAAGGACAGCUUCUCCCCUGGGCAGGAGGUGCUCUACAGCUGUGAGCCCGGCUAUGACCUCAGAGGGGCUGCCUCUCUGCGCUGUUCGCCCCAGGGAGCCUGGAGCCCAGCCGCCCCCACAUGCGCAGUGAAAUCAUGUGCUGCCUUCCAGGACCAACUUCCUAAUGGCCGUGUGCUCUUUCCACUUAACUCGGAGCUUGGAGCAAGAGUGUCCUUCGUUUGUGAUGAGGGAUUCCAUCUACAAGGCAGCUCUGCUAGCCAUUGUGUCUUGGUUGGAAUGGAGAUCCUCUGGAAUAGCAGUGUCCCUGUGUGUGAACAAAUCGUAUGUCCAAAUCCUCCAGAUAUUCGUAACGGAAGACACACAGGAAAACCUCUGGAAAUCUUUUCUUUUGGAAAAGAAGUAACUUACACAUGUGAUCCCCAAGCAGACAGAGGGACGGCCUUUAGUCUCAUUGGGGAGAGCACCAUCCGCUGCACAAGUGACAGUCGAGGGAACGGGAUCUGGAGUGGCCCUGCCCCUCGCUGUGGACAUCCAGGUUACUGUAAUGCUCCAGAUCAUUUUCAAUUUGCUGAGUUGAAAACCCAAACCAAUGAAUCUGCAUUUCCUAUUGGGACAUCUUUAAAGUAUGAAUGCCGCCCUGAGUACUACCGGAGGUCAUUCUUUAUCAGGUGUCUAUACAACUUGGAGUGGUCAGGUGCCCGGGAUGUCUGUAAACGUAAAGUAUGUAAAACUCCUGCAGAGCCUAAGAAUGGCAUGGUGCACAUAGACACAGACAUCAAUGUUGGAUCCAGAAUUAAUUAUUCUUGUAAUAUAGGGUAUCAACUCAUUGGUCACUCAUCUGCCAAAUGUAUCAUCUCAAGCAAUACUGCCAUUUGGGAUACAGAGCCACCAGUCUGUCAAAGUAUUCAUUGUAAACCACCACCAACCAUCGCCAACGGAGAUUUCUUUAGCAACAGCAGAGACUAUUUUCCGUACGGAAUAGUGGUGACCUAUCGCUGCAACCCUGGGAUUGGAAGGAACAAGUUUGAACUCGUGGGCGAGAAGUCCAUAUAUUGCACCAGCAAAGGUCAAGUGGGCCUCUGGAGUGGCCCCGCCCCUCAGUGCAUCAUACCUAAUAAAUGCACGCCUCCGCACGUUGAGAAUGGAAUAAGGGAGUCUGUAAAGAGAAGCUUGUUCUUCUUAAACGAAAUCGUGAGCUUUAGGUGUCAGCCUGGCUUUGUCAUGAAAGGCCCCUCCAGUGUGCGCUGCCAGGCCCAAAACAGAUGGGAGCCCGAGUUGCCCAGCUGCUCCCCGGUUUGUCAGCAGCCUCCAGAAAUCCUGCAUGGCAAGCAUACCCCCAGCCACAAGGACAGCUUCUCCCCUGGGCAGGAGGUGCUCUACAGCUGUGAGCCCGGCUAUGACCUCAGAGGGGCUGCCUCCCUGCGCUGUUCGCCCCAGGGAGCCUGGAGCCCAGCCGCCCCAACAUGCGCAGUGAAAUCGUGUGCUGCCUUCCAGGACCAACUUCCUAAUGGCCGUGUGCUCUUUCCACUUAACUUGGAGCUUGGAGCAAGAGUGUCCUUCGUUUGUGAUGAGGGAUUCCAUCUACAAGGCAGCUCUGCUAGCCAUUGUGUCUUGGUUGAAAUGGAGAGCCUCUGGAAUAGCAGUGUCCCUGUGUGUGAACAAAUCGUAUGUCCAAAUCCUCCAGAUAUUCGUAAUGGAAGACACACAGGAAGACUUCUGGAAAUCUUUUCUUUUGGAAAAGAAGUAACUUACACAUGUGAUCCCCAACCAGACAGAGGGACGGCCUUCAGUCUCAUUGGGGAGAGCACCAUCCGCUGCACAAGUGACAGUCGAGGGAACGGGAUCUGGAGUGGCCCUGCCCCUCACUGUGGACAUCCAGGUUACUGUAAUGCUCCAGAUCAUUUUCAAUUUGCUGAGUUGAAAACCCAAACCAAUGAAUCUGCAUUUCCUAUUGGGACAUCUUUAAAGUAUGAAUGCCGCCCUGAGUACUACCGGAGGUCAUUCUUCAUCAGGUGUCUAGACAACUUGGAGUGGUCAGGUGCCCGGGAUGUCUGUAAACGUAAAGUAUGUAAAACUCCUGCAGAGCCUAAGAAUGGCAUGGUGCACAUAGACACAGACAUCAAUGUUGGAUCCAGAAUUAAUUAUUCUUGUAAUAUAGGGUAUCAACUCAUUGGUCACUCAUCUGCCAAAUGUAUCAUCUCAAGCAAUACUGCCAUUUGGGAUACAGAGCCACCAGUCUGUCAAAGUAUUCAUUGUAAACCACCACCAACCAUCCCCAACGGAGAUUUCUUUAGCAACAGCAGAGACUAUUUUCCGUACGGAAUAGUGGUGACCUAUCGCUGCAACCCUGGGAUUGGAAGGAACAAGUUUGAACUGGUGGGCGAGAAGUCCAUAUAUUGCACCAGCAAAGGUCAAGUGGGCCUCUGGAGCGGCCCCGCCCCUCAGUGCAUCGUACCUAACAAAUGCACGCCUCCACACGUUGAGAAUGGAAUAAGGGAGUCUGCAAACAGAAGCUUGUUCUUCUUAAAUGAAAUCGUGAGCUUUAGGUGUCAGCCUGGCUUUGUCAUGAAAGGCCCCUCCAGUGUGCGCUGCCAGGCCCAAAACAGAUGGGAGCCCGAGUUGCCCAGCUGCUCCCCGGUUUGUCGGCGGCCUCCAGAAAUCCUGCAUGGCAAGCACACCCCCAGCCACAAGGACAGCUUCUCCCCUGGGCAGGAGGUGCUCUACAGCUGUGAGCCCGGCUAUGACCUCAGAGGGGCUGCCUCUCUGCGCUGUUCGCCCCAGGGAGCCUGGAGCCCAGCCGCCCCCACAUGCGCAGUGAAAUCGUGUGCUGCCUUCCAGGACCAACUUCCUAAUGGCCGUGUGCUCUUUCCACUUAACUUUGAACUUGGAGCAAGAGUGUCCUUCGUUUGUGAUGAGGGGUUUCAUUUACAGGGAAGUUCUACUAGUCACUGUGUCAUGGUUGGAAUGAAGAGCCUUUGGACUCACAGUGCUCCUGUGUGUGAACAAAUCUUUUGUCCAGAUCCCCCUGCUAUCCCUAAUGGAAACCACUUAGGAACUUCUCUCAGAGACAUUCCCUAUGGAACAGAAAUAUCUUAUACAUGUGACUCCCACCCAGACAGAGGGAUGACCUUCAAGCUCAUUGGGGAGAGCACCAUCCGCUGCACAAAUGACAGUCAAGGGAAAGGCAUCUGGAGCGGCCCUGCCCCUCGCUGUGAACUUUCUAUUCCUCUUGGUUACUGUAAAGCUCCAGAACGAUUUCUAUUUGCCAAGCCUACAACCCUAACUGAUGAGUCUGAGUUUCCAAUUGGGACAUCUUUGAGCUACAAAUGCUCCCCUGGGUAUUUUGAGAAUAUGUUCUCUAUCACCUGCUUAGAAAAUUUGGUUUGGUCAAAUGUGGAAGAUGUCUGUAGACGAAAAUCAUGUGGAUCUCCACCAAAACCUUUCAAUGGCAUGGUGCAAAUAAACACAGAUACUCACUUUGGAUCAACAGUUAAUUAUUCGUGUAAUGAAGGGUAUCGACUCAUUGGCUCCCCAUCUGCUGCUUGUAACCUCUCAGGCAAUAGUGUCACUUGGGAUAAGGAGGCACCUGUUUGUGAAAGUAUUCAAUGUAAGCCACCACCAACCAUCGCCAACGGAGAUUUCUUUAGCAACAGCAGAGACUAUUUUCCGUACGGAAUAGUGGUGACCUAUCGCUGCAAUCCUGGGAUUGGAAGGGACAAGUUUGAACUGGUGGGCGAGAAGUCCAUAUAUUGCACCAGCAAAGGUCAAGUGGGCAUCUGGAGCGGCCCCGCCCCUCAGUGCAUCGUACCUAAUAAAUGCAUGCCUCCGCACGUUGAGAAUGGAAUAAGGGAGUCUGAGAACAGAAGCUUGUUCUCCUUAAAUGAAAUCGUGAGCUUUAGGUGUCAGCCUGGCUUUGUCAUGAAAGGCCCCUCCAGUGUGCGCUGCCAGCCCCAAAACAGAUGGGAGCCCGAGUUGCCCAGCUGCUCCCCGGGAUGUCCGCGGCCUCCAGAAAUCCUGCAUGGCAAGCACACCCCCAGCCACAAGGACAGCUUCUCCCCUGGGCAGGAGGUGCUCUACAGCUGUGAGCCCGGCUAUGACCUCAGAGGGGCUGCCUCUCUGCGCUGUUCGCCCCAGGGAGCCUGGAGCCCAGCCGCCCCCACAUGCGCAGUGAAAUCAUGUGCUGCCUUCCAGGACCAACUUCCUAAUGGCCGUGUGCUCUUUCCACUUAACUUGGAGCUUGGAGCAAGAGUGUCCUUCGUUUGUGAUGAGGGAUUCCAUCUACAAGGCAGCUCUGCUAGCCAUUGUGUCUUGGUUGGAAUGGAAAUCCUCUGGAAUAGCAGUGUCCCUGUGUGUGAACAAAUCUUAUGUCCAAAUCCUCCAGAUAUUCGUAAUGGAAGACACACAGGAAGACCUCUGGAAAUCUUUUCUUUUGGAAAAGAAGUAACUUACACAUGUGAUCCCCAGACAGACAGAGGGACGGCCUUUAGUCUCAUUGGGGAGAGCACCAUCCGCUGCACAAGUGACAGUCAAGGGAACGGGAUCUGGAGCGGCCCUGCCCCUCGCUGUGAACUUUCUGCAUGCCCACCUCCGCCCAAGAUACACAAUGGGCGUCACACUGGAGGACAUGUAUCUCCUUAUCUUCCUGGGACGAUAGUCAACUACACCUGUGACCCAGGGUACCUGUUGGUGGGGAAAGCCUUCCUUUUCUGUACACAUGAGGGGAACUGGAGCCAAGUUUAUCAUUAUUGCAAAGAGGUAAAAUGUAGCCCCCCGGAGUUUACAAAUGGAAUCUGGAAGGAGCUGGACAUGAGCCAAGAAUUUCGAUAUGGAGAUAAUGUAACCUUGGAGUGUAAAGAUGGAUAUGCUCUGGAAGGCAGUCCCCGGAGCCAGUGCCAGGCAGAUAGCACAUGGGACCCUCCUCUGGCCACAUGUACUCGUACAUCUGGCCGACGUAAUGCUCGCAUUAUUGGCAUAUUCUCCGGUGUGGUCCUCUUUAUUAUAUCCAUCAUUGUUUCCUGUUGGAUGAUUCUAAAGCGCAAAAAACGCAGUGAUACAGAUGCAAAAUCUAAGGAAGUGGAUAUCCAUUUACAUCCCCAAGAAGGCAGCUGUGACCAUGCGCAAAGUCUGCAAACAUACGAGGAACCUAGCAGUGUCCUUCCUUGAGAAAAUACUACAACGCUGAAGAACACCUCAAAUGAAAAUGCUCAUUGGAAAGGACCCAAUUCAUUUCAACAGAAUAAGAUCUGGGACUCAUAAAACCCUUGAAGUGACUUCACAGAGAGGCCAACGUGUGCACGUGAAGAUGCUGAAGCUCCCAAUUCCCAAGGAAGCUCCCUCCUCGGAGUCUGGAUGCUGUCACUCCAUCUUCCUUCUUUGUGCUGAAAUGAAAGAGCACGCUGGCUAGUCAGGACAAAGACUGCACUGAGGGCUGAGAAGUAGUCUCAGUUCCUUAAAGGAAGAAGUUGUCACCUAGGAUUUCUGUCUCUAAGUUUGUCAUUUGUCUUUCUUAUUUUUAAUUAUUUAUAUAGGUGACCCUUGAACAAUGUGGGGGUUAAGUGUGCCAUCUGAAUGAAAAUGCUGUUUCUGAUUGCCAAUUUGCUAAAUACUGAAUGCAAAAUCCCAGGAUACCGAGGGGCAACUGUACAAUUAUUGAAAAAUAUUCAAGUAUAGUUAUUGAAAAAUAUUCACCCAUGCAGUUCAAAUUCUUGUUGUUCAAGUGUUAACUGUAAUAUGGAAUGGACUCAAAAAAGAGAAUUUGGAAAAUGCAGGAGGAAGAUAUGAAAAACAAAUAGGUCACAUAUAAUUAAACUAUGCAAGGAUAACUACUGCUAAUGUUUUAAUUCACUUUCUGCUAAUUUUUCUUCAUAUAUAUGGGUCUUCAUACACACAUAUGUCUUUCUUAAAUACCUUCUUUUUUGUUUAUAGAGCAGAAUCCAUUCCUUUUAGAGAGGUUGGAGUAAAAGAUAUGUUUUCACUUUGUCAAAAAAUAGUAAUUUCUGUUUGUUAAAUAGUCAUUAGAUGAUUAUAGGAAAAAUGGGUUAAGAAUACUCAAGGGAAAUAUUUGGGGGAAAAAUAAGCUUUGGAUAUUUCCUAAGCUCUGUUUCAAAAGUAUUCUGUACUAUGCUCUGUUUAAAAAACAUACUGAAUUUUAAAUAAAAGUAAAAUUUUUAUAUGAAA